CGCUCCCAUUUCUCCUGUGCAUUUUGGAGAGGAGUGAGUGUGUGUGACCUACUCUGGAGAGAAACAGACAGAGACGACCCGAGGAUGAAGCUAGUGUUUGUGGCUGUGUUAGCGCUCUGUACGCUCAGCUCUGUGGAUAGAGUGGAUUCUUCAGCCUACGACAAAAUUGUGACACACAGUCGUAUCCGGGCCAGACUCCAGGGACCCAAUGUGUGUGCCAUGCAGCAGGUGAUGGGGACCAAGAAGAGGAAGUACUUCAGCACAUGUAGGACCUGGUAUAAAGGCUCUAUCUGUGGGAAGAAGACGAUGGUUGUCUAUGAGUGCUGUCCAGGCUACAUGAAGCUGGAAGGCAUGAAAGGAUGCCCUGCAGUGGCUCCUAUAGACCAUGUGUAUGGCACAUUGGGCCUGGUGAAGGCUAGGACAACCCAGAAGUACUCAGCCCUCUCUAAGCUGAGGGAAGAGAUUGAAGGGAAGGGAUCGUUCACUAUGUUUUCCCCUAGCGACGAAGCCUGGGACCUGCUGGACCCUGAGGUGCUUGGUGCCUUGGUGAGCAACGUGAACAUCGAGCUGUACAACGCCCUGCACUAUCACAUGGUCAACCAUCGCAUGCUAACGAAAGACCUGAAGAAUGACAUGUCUAUCACCUCCAUGUACAACAACCAAGGACUCUACAUCAAUCACUACUCAAAUGGGAUCGUCACGGUGAACUGCGCCAGGAUUAUCCAUGGUAACCAGGUGGCUACCAAUGGAGUGGUUCAUGUCAUCGACCGUGUCAUCACUAACGUGGUCAACACCAUACAGGACGUCCUGGGAGUUGAUGACGACCUCUCCUCCUUCAGCGCUGUAGCCUUGGCCUCAGGUGUGAUGGAAACACUGGGCCAGCCAGGUCACUUCACCCUGUUCGCUCCCACCGAUGAUGCCUUCAACAACCUUGAGGCCGGCUUCCUGGAACGCAUUAUGGGAGACAAUGCUGUUAUCGCAGCCCUGGUGAACUACCACCUGUUGAACAGUGUGCAGUGCUCUGAGGCCAUCAUGGCAGGCUCUGUGCACGAGACAGCAGAGGGAAGCACCGUUGAGAUCGGCUGUGACGGAGACAGCCUGACGGUCAACGGGAUCAAGAUGGUCCUGAAGAAAGACAUUGUCACCACCAACGGAGUCAUCCACCUCAUCGACCGGGUCCUCAUACCUGACUCAGCCAAGGAGGUGAUGGAGCUGGUUGGUGAAUCCCAGAGCACCUUCAGAGACAUGGUGUCAGAGCUUGGCCUAUCAGCUGCCAUGAAGCCAGAGACGGAGUACACGCUAUUGGCUCCCCUCAACACAGCUUUCUCCGAUGAGGUGAUGUCUUUAGACCAGAGCCUGUUGAAGGGGAUCUUGGAGAACCACAUUCUGAAGCAACAACACAAACUGAGUGAACUCUACAACGGACAGCUGCUGGAGACCGUCGCAGGAAAACUAAUACGAGUCUUCAUCUACCGCACUGCUGUGUGUAUUGAGAAUUCCUGCAUGGUGCGAGGCAGUAAAGAGGGCAGCAACGGAGCCCUUCACCUGAUGAGGUCUCUCAUCAAACCAGCUCAGACCACCAUCUACAGGGUUCUCAUGGCAGAUGGACGCUUCAAUAUCUUCCUGUCUCUGAUGAAGAGUGCCGGUCUGACAGAGCUGUUGAAACAGGAGGGAUCCUACACCGUUUUCGCACCCACAGAUGAAGCCUUCGACGGGCUCACAGAACGGGACAUCACCCUGCUGGCCAGCGACGUGAACGCUCUGAGGACCAUCCUCCUGUAUCACUUCAGUAACGGAGUCUUCAUCAACGGGGGACUGGAGGGAGGGGUCACCAACCUGCUCAAGACCAUCCAGGGACACAACCUGCAAGUGCUGUCUGUGAACAAGUCCAUCCAGGUGAACUCGCUGGACGUGCCAGACAUUGAUCUUAUGGCCACCAACGGAGUGAUUCACGUAGUAAAGAACAUCCUCUACCCUGGGGACCUGCCUGUGGGUCGCGAGUCCCUACUGGUGCUGCUGAAGAAACUCAUCAAGUACAUCCAGAUCAAGUAUGUCUCUGGAUUCUCCUACACCAAAAUCCCCCUCACCUUCAUCAAGAGGACAAUCACCACGACAACUCACGUCCAAACGGAAUCACACGUGGAUUCAGUGCCUGAAAUCACCAAGGUGACCAGAGUGAUCGAAGGAGAGCCGACCCUCACCAAGGUUACGAGACGCAUCGAGGGAGUACCGUCCGUCACCAAGGUUACGAGACGCAUCGAGGGAGUACCAUCCGUCACCAAGGUUACCAGGGUCAUCGAGGGCAAACCCGCUAUCACCAAGGUUACCAGGAUCAUCGAGGGCGAACCCGCUAUCACCAAGGUUACCAGAGUUGUCGACGGCGAACCCACAAUCACCAAGGUUACAAGAGUUGUCGAGGGCAAACCCGCUAUCACCAAGGUUACAAGAGUUGUCAAGGGUGAGCCUGCCUUCAACAAGGUUACCAGGGUCAUCGAGGGAGAACCAAGCAUUACCAAGGUUACCAGGGUCAUCGAAGGAGAACCAAGCAUUACCAAGGUUACCAGGGUCAUCGAAGGAGUGCCUUCCAUCACAAAGGUCACCAGAGUUAUUGAGACUCCCCGUGGUUCCUCCGAUGGAAGGCUGAAUACUGAAGGAGACAUCAACCAGAUGCUUGAGGAAGGCCCGGAAUUCUCUAAGAUCACCACCAUCCACGGCAACCCGGAAAUGAUCGACCAAGAGUCAGAGAGGAUCACCAAACUAAUCCAAGGUGGAGGUGGUAUAGGGGCCCCUGCCAAAAGAGCUCCUGUUGGUGUAAGGAGGAGGAAGGUAAGGCUGGUUAGACGCCACAACAACCAAAAGUCACAUCCAGCCAAGACCAGUCCAUACCAGUCCAGGCCUGCCCAGUCCAUAUCAGUCCAGCCCUGACCAGUCCAUAUCAGUCCAGUCCUGACCCGCCCAGACCAGUAAAGACCAGUCCAAACCAGUAAAACCAAACGAGUAAAGACCAGUCCAGACCAAUCCAGACAAGACCAGACCAGUAAAGACCAGUCCAGACCAGUAAAGACCAGUCCAAAUCAAAUCAAAUCAAAUGUAUUUAUAGAGCCAUUCGUACAUCAGCUGAUAUCUCAAAGUGCUGUACAGAAACCCAGCCUAAAACCCCAAACAGCAAGCAAUGCAGGUGUAGAAGCACGGUGGCUAGGAAAAACUCCCUAGAAAGGCCAAAACCUAGGAAGAAACCUAGAGAGGAACCAGGCUAUGUGGGGUCCCGACCAGUAAAGACCAGUAAAGACCAGUCCAGACCAGUCCAGACCAGUAAAGACCAGUAAAGACCAGUCCAGACCAGUAAAAAUCAGUCCAGACCAGUAAAAACCGGUAAUGACCAGUCUAGAGCAAACUAGCCCUGCAGGGAUAUCUUUACAGAUCACCAUAGAGACACUGCAAGGAGCUCGCCAAGGUAUAUAGCAACACAAAAACACUUUCUAAGUUCCCAUGAUGGGAAACAAAAGGAAGAACCCAUGUGGAACAUCUAUACCAAUCAAGUAAUCACCCUGGGGAGCAAAAGAGGUUGAAAAGGUGUUGGAAAUACGCAUUUUUUGGGGGGUUGAAAAGACGUUGGAAAUACAUCGUUUCAACCAACAAUGAAAUCAACCUAGAGUGAAUCAACUGGGCCAAUGGUGUCGGACAUGAUGUUUUAACAACGCUAAGAGAAUCAGUUAUCCUACACGUAAUGUUUGUGCUGUAUGCCAAGAAAGGAACUUUUAUGAACUUUUGCUUUGGUAUGGAUUAGGUAGAACAUUGGAAAUAAUAAUUGUAUGGCGGAAAAGAAUAAACGUUUUUUUUUUUUUGUUAAUCACACGGUUUAAUAGGGUGAAGACAUUUUGUACGUUUUUUAAUGGAUGCAUCUCGACCAAUAGAAAUGAAGCACUCUGUCUUAUAGUUGCUUCUUGACCAAUAAGACUUAAGCAUUCUGUUUUAUGGAUGCAUCUCGACCAAUAGAAAUUAAGCACUCUGUCUUAUAGUUGCUUCUUGACCAAUAAGACUUCUGUUUUAUGGAUGCAUCUCAACCAAUAGAAAUUAAGCAAUACUUUUUAUCCUUUAAAGAUGCUGUAGUUAUCGAAACUUGACAACCUACCAGGUUUCUUUAGUUUUACUUAGUUUUUAGUUUUUCCUGUUUCGAUUACUGUUUUCUGAUUCAUUUGUUGGGGUUUGUUAUUGAGACUGUUGAUGUUCAGUUGUACAAUAAGACCUACCCAACAUAGACCUACCCAACAUAGACCUACCCAACAUAGACCUACCCAACAUAGACCUACCUACCCAACAUAGACCUACCCAACAUAGACCUACCUACCCCUAAACAUAGACCUACCCAACAUAGACCUACCCAACAUAGACCUACCCAACAUAGACCUACCCAACAUAGACCUACCCAACAUAGACCUACCCAACAUGUAUUGGAAAUAAAUGUUCAAUAAAUGUUUUUUUUUAUCA